AUCUCUCAUCUUCUUCUUCUUCUUCUCUCUCUCUCUUUCUCUCUCUGAGUUUGACCCGUUGCCAGCCACCAGCAUCUCUCUCUCUCUCUCUCGCUUUCUCAAUAUACAGAAGGAGAGAGACCCCACAAACCCUUUGUGUGGAGGAUCGAUUUGAUCUCUUCUUAGUGGAAAACGUUGGUUGCAACCUCCUCCUCCUUUCCCUUUCUUUCUUUUAGAGCCGAAACAAAAAGGUUAAAAAAACUUUCCCUUUUCUCUCUCUCUCUCUCUCUCUCUCUCUGUGAAACCCUACUUCAGCUGCAGAAGAAGAAGAAGAAGAAGAAGAAGAAGAAGAGCCAAGAAGGAAAAUCGACACAGAUCACACACUUCUUGACGUAUCUUGGGUCUCUUCUCCCUUAUUUCCACCAGCAAGAAAGAUCUACCCAUUUGCCUCUACCAUUUUCACUUGUUGUUCGUUCUAUCUCCAGCUCAAAAAGAAGUCAGCCAUGGCGAGCGAGAGAGAGACAGAGAGAGAUAGAGAGAGAGAAGUGUAGAUCAAGGCACUUAGAAACUAUACCUUUACGGGUCCUUUUGCUCCUUCUCCAUUGAAGUUUGCAAGCAGAUCAGCAUCUCUUUUCUUUGGUCAGCAGUUGCUUUUGCAGGGUCAACUCUUCUGGUAAGCUCUCUCUCUCUCUCUCUCUCUCUCUCUUUGCUAUGGACUCUGGUAAUAGUGGGAGCAUGCAAUCUUCGAGCGGCGGAGACGAAGAUUACGAUGACUCGAAGGCUGAAUCGUCCCCGCCGGUUUUAUUAAAUUCUUCUCCGGCUCACACCAACAAUAUAGGCUCCUUCUCUAGUUCACACUCUCCAUUUCCCUAUUUCCACCAAAACAACCACCUACCCUCUUUAUAUGAUUCUGCUUCCACUUUUGUUCCCACCUACACUCACCCAAACCCAAAUCUCGCCACCGCCCAUUUCGACCUCGGCAUGCUCCGUGGCGACCCGAGAUCCGACGCCGUGCCCGGAGGACCCUCCUCGUCUAGCCAAGGCAUGUUGCUUGCGCAAGGGGCAAGCCAAGGACAGCCAUACCCAACUUCUUCAUCAUCCUCAUCUCUACAAGCGCAGCUAGUCCAUGAAGCACCACGGCUCGGGCGGGAUGAUCGGGCCAAGGCAGCGAGGAACCCCCGAAAGAGGACUCGAGCAUCAAGGCGCGCCCCGACCACCGUCCUCACCACCGAUACCACGAACUUCCGUGCAAUGGUGCAAGAGUUCACCGGGUUCCCCGCCCCGCCCUUCUCGGGCCCCCGCAAGCUCGACCUCUUCGGCGGCGCCAGCUCGAUUGGGCCGUUUUUCCAUCCUCUCCGCCCCUCGGCUCAGAAGCUUGACGCCAACAUGGUCAGCAACACGAUUAGCCACCUCACCACUUCAAUGGCAAACAAUUUCCGUAACACUGGUUCCCACAGCGUCCCUCCAUCCACUUUCCAAUUCAACCUACAAAAACAGCCUCAAAACCCUCUCGCCCUGCAAAACAACGUCCUCACAUUCCCUUCUCUCACACACGACCCUCUUAGUGCCGCAAAUUUAUUACCGGGUUUCGGCCUGAACUCCCAAGAUAAGGACCUCGACAUGAGCCCCGCGAACUUCAACCCCAACUGGCCGGACGGCCUCGCGAGCCACGAGAACACUGUGAGGACAAGCGAGGUCGCCUGGAGAGAAGGAGGCAGGUCAAAUGGAGGGAAGGAACUGGAGCAGCAGCUGAGGCCCUUCAGCGAGACGAACUACGGAAACCCGUCGCAGAGCUUCAAUGGGUGCAAGCUGAAUUAUUCGGCUUCUUCUUCAUCAGAGUUCCACAAUGACAAGAGCCUGGAGAACAGCAAUGUCUCUGCAAGGGGCGAAGGUAGGGUCGAUUACUGGAUUAGUCCCUCUGAUUAGGCCUCUCCCAACAUAGAACUCUGAGAAGAAAAAUGGGAAUAUCUAUUCAGUGAAUGAUGACUGGUGAGCAUGAUACGCCGAGUCCAGAAAUGGAGGAUGAUGAGAUUGCAAAUAUUGUUCUCAUGAUGAGGAUUCGGUGAUAGUGAUUGUAAUGAUGAGGCCAGGAUUGUUUUUUUCUGAGCCUUCGUUCCUGUUUACAUCAAAUAGUAUCUCUCUUCCUUCUAGUUUUCUGUAGCGUUGUUAACACAAUUUCAGCCAAUUCCCGUAUCAUUCUGGAACUGGUUUUGCUUCUUCAA